UUUCACUUAUUAACUAUUGAUUCAAAGCACUUGAAGCCCCUUAUGUGCCCUCAUAUCAGUGUAGAAGUGUUCAUAUAUACUUCGAGCGCAUCCAUUCAGUACAGCGCUACAGCAGUUUCCACCGCAGUUGUAUUGACGCACGGCUUUGGAGCCGGAGUGGAGCUGUUUACUGGCGGUUAACUUGCACAUACUUAACACAGAGAUAGAUCAAACUACCUCGUUGUUAUUCUCCAACGUUACUGACACCGUUUCACUAGGUGAAGAGACUUUGACUCAUAAACAUGACUAGCAACACGAGCACGGCCAUCACAAUUCCCACCAAGACUACAGUGCCGUCGUUUAUAAGCCUUGGUGGUAACGGGAACUCAAUCACUCGAACCAAUUUGUCAAUUAUGCAGCCGUUAAUUCUACUGAAAGCAAUUUGCUUUGCGGUCAAGAAUAAACUGGGUGAAAUUCUGUAUAGUGGUCAUCAAAGCCAACAGAUGGCAACACAACAUCCGUCAAUUGAACAUAGAGCUGAGCCAGUUCCUACGGAUGAAGUUGAAGAACUGGCAAGAAAUAUUCUCCCCCUUGAACGGCUAGAGGCACAGCUAGCAAAUGAAUAUGGAAUGACGGGAGAUAUCGACUCUGUGGAAGUCUUCGCAGAGACGAAAGCCAGGGCUUUUGCAAAAAGAGAUGCGAAAACUACAGCGGCACUGAAAGAUCUUGACACAUUGUACCAGCUACGUCUUCGUGCUUCUACCUUGCAGCUGCAGAGUUCCCUCAAUGACGAACAGGUGCAUAUUCAUUUUGAGUGAUCGAUAUCAAGUUGAUCAUCGACGGUUUCAGUCCCUAACUGCACGCCACAUCGACACCUCGUGAUUUGGGCCGUUCAUAUAGGGAUUGAUGUGUAUGGAUGUAACCACCUGCGGGGAUGCGGUAUUGAUGGAAAAUUAAAUUACCUUACUAAAAACCUCGGCG